GAGGUUCUCUCACCGCGUCACCUCUUCUCUCCCACCGCGUCGCACCGUGUUCUCCCACCGCCGCGCCGCCAUCCAUUCACCAUCAUGCACGGAGAAAAUCUGAACCCUAACCCAUCCGAUUCAGUCAGAUCGUCGGUGGUUGCUAAAGAUUCAUUCAGAUCGCCCUCUGCUCAUCAUCACGCCAAGAAGUCAUCUGCCAAAAAUAAUUUGAUGAGUAAGCGUCUGAUGUUGUUGUUCGAGGAUCCAUUUCCGAUCGUCAAAGCUGUGGAAUCAGAAAAUCCACCAGAGGUGCCGACCCGGGUCAUCGAAAUCCCUAAUUGCUAUGGUGGAUGUAAAGAUAUUCCCUGUGUGUGUGCUGAAGAUUCGAUUGAGCCCUCCGUUUGUGAAGACGAUACAACGAGUUGGUCGGAAGAGCUUCGAUCUAUUCCAUCUCUGCCAUCUAUGCCAUUUUCGGACUAUAAUCCCAGUGAUUACCCAGUAAGCUCAGAGGAUGUGUAUCAAGAUCUACGAGCAUUCAUGCUACGGAAGGAGUUGUUGCUGAAAUUGCCCAAAGUCGACUAACUGUUCUUCGUGAAGCUCCAAAGCGAGUCGCAGCCUCCAUCAUCUUCCCUCUCAACGGUUUACCAUCAAUGCUAUUUUGAAGAAGAAAUUGCACUACUUGAUUUCUUUCACUAGUUGAUAGAUUCUUUUUGCCCGUCAUUGAAAUUGCAUUGAAUGCUCUGAAAUGGAAUGUGUAAUUUGUUCAAACGCCCUCUGUAUUUAUAGCUUUUGUAAAUAG